UUAUAUCCACCAUACUGAGCAUGUCAGCCAUGCACUACAGUCCCAUUAAUAAGCAUGAUGAGCUCAUCACGGCCCUACUGGCAGGGCGGUGGUGGGCAAUAAUGGAGGUGGAAGAUCUUUUGUGCUCAUCAUCUAAGAAGAAAGAGUGUGGGGACCUCACUUCAGGCCAGUGGUGGGGAAUAGUGGAGGCCCCGCAAGGAGCACCUGUUACUCCUCAGUACCAACAGGGAGAGCUUGUGCCUGCCAGGUCCCCUGAGGAAGACCAAGAGGAAGUGCCUAUGCCAGGCUCAUUCCCUGAAGCGGCACUUGUCCUCACCUUGGGCCAAGAGGAAGCACUAGUGCCUAUCUUGUCCCCUGAGGAAGCACUGGUGGCAGAUGGGUCCCCACAGGGAGCACCUGUGCCUGCCAGGCACCAACUGAAGGAAAACUGAAAAUCCCCCAAAACAUGAGACUUUAUCUAACGAGGGAUACACCCUUGCCACUAAGGCCCCCAAAGGGACCACCACCAAGGCCUGCCAUGACUCCGAAAGGAGCACCAGUCCCUGCCUCAUCCCCUGGAGAAGCACCUGUUCCCACCAGGUCCCCAGAGGAAGCCCCAGUGCCUGUCUCAGCCCAAGUGGACGCGCCAGUGCCUAUAGAAACACCAGUGGCCUCCUCGCCUCAAAAGGAAGAAUCUGUUUCCACCUCAUCCCUUGAGGAAGCAUUCAUGGCAGAUGGGUCCCCACAGGGAGCACCUGUGCCUGCCACACACCGACUUAGGAGAAAAGUUAAAGUCUUCGAAAAUAUAAGACUUUUUCUAAAAAGGGAUGUCAUUUUGACACCCUUGCCCCUAAGGCCCCCAAAGGGACCACCACCAAGACCUGCUAAGACUCCAAAAGGAGCAUCAGUGCCUGCCUCAUCUGCUAGGAAAGUACCUGUGCUCUCCUUGUCCCCAAAGAAAGGGCCUGUGCCCACCUCGUCUCAAACGAAAGCACCAGUGCCUGCCUCAUCCCAAGAGGAAGCAUCAGUGUCCACUGCAGCUGCUGAGGAAGUGCUUGUCCCUGCCUGGUCCCCAGAGAAAGCACUGGUGCUUGCCUCGUCCCAAGAGGGAGCACUUGUGACCACUGCAUCCUCAAAGGAAGCACCUAUGCCUGGCAUGUACCUCAAGAGAUCACCAGGACUCUCUGUGUCUCUACAGGGAGCAACCAAGUCCACUCUGAAGAGACCGUGCCCAUGGAGCACUGGAGAUUCUGAAAAUGCAGAUGUGGUUCAGCCACCUCCGCACAAAAAGUGUCCAAGUGUCCAAAGAGCCUCUCCAAGUUUCCAGCACACCCUGAAGAGGUCAUGCCCUUGGAGCACUGAAACAUCUGACAGUGAAGAUGUGAUCCAGCUGCCUUUGCAAAAGAAACAACGUGUGGGAAAAGGACCCCAGGAUGCCUAAAGAUACUAUAAAAUGAACGAGGGA